AUGAUAGGAAAAGAGGUUGAGAAAUUUCUAAAACAGUGGGGUAUUGAAAGGGUUAUGAUAUUGACAGUUGAUAAUGCUUCGUCAAAUGAUACUGUCAUUGCUUAUUUAAAGAAGCGUUUUAAGCAUGGGUUGGUGUUAGAUGGCGAGUUCUUGCAUGUUCGAUGUUGUGCACAUAUAUUGAACUUAAUUGUAUGCGAUGGCCUAAAAGAUGUUAAUGAUUCAUUGGUUCGAAUUCGAGAUGCUGUGAAAUUUGUUAGAUCUUCCCCUACUCGACUUGCCACAUUUAAGAAGUGUAUCAAAGAGGAGAACAUAAAUAGUAAAAGUAUGUUGUGUCUUGAUGUUCCAACUAGAUGGAGUUCUACUUUUUUUAUGCUUGAGGCAGCUGUAAAAUUUGAAAAGGCAUUUGAAAGGUUAGAAGACUACGACACAAUCUACAUGAAUGAGGAGGAAAAACCAACCACUAGGGAUUGGGAAAUUGUGAGAAUAUUUACCAAAUUCUUGUCAGUGUUCUACGAAGUGACAGUUAGGCUUUCAGGGUCUUUGUAUGUUACUUCCAAUACAGUCUUCCAUGAGACUAGUAUUGUUCAGAAUUGCAUAAAAAAAUAUUCAAGUGCAACCGGUCCUAAUGAUGUGCUUUUGCAAGAAAUGACAACGAAAAUACAAGAAAAGUUUGAUAAGUAUUGGGGAAAAAAAGAUAGAAUAAAUUUAUUCUUGUAUGUUGCCUUCAUUUUGGACCCUCGUUAUAAGAUGAAAUUUUUUUUGUAUUGCUUAAAUCAAUUAUUUGAUGUUGAUGUGGCAAAAGCUGUAGGAAGUAAGGUAGUGGGUGUUUUGAGAGCAUUGUUUAAUGAAUACAAUUUGUCACUAUCAGUUGCUAAUAAGGAUUUGGAUGAAGAUGAUUCGCAAAGUGUGGAUUCAGAAGUUGAUAUUUACUUACUGGAGCCUCGUGUUAAACGUGAGGAUAACUUUGAUAUCUUAGAUUGGUGGAAGGGAAAUUCUUCUAGAUAUAAGAUUUUUAGCAAAAUUGCACGAGAUCUUUUAGCAGUUCCGGUAUCUAUAGUUGCUUCUGAGUCUGUAUUCAACACUAUUAGGAGAGUAAUUGAUCCUUUUCGUACCUCAUUAUCUCCAACCACUAUUGAGUCACUUGUAUGCGCACAAAACUGGUUACGUUCUGAACAAAUUAGCAUUGGUUUACGACAAUACUUGGAGGAAAUUGAAGAUGAAGAGGAAGGUAGUUGUUUGAAAUUUGUGUAUUGUGUACUUUGGAGAACUUUUUAG